AUGCCACCGCGAGCCUUCACCAACCCGGCUCCGAAGACGGAAUCCGCGCGAUCCGCGCUGAGCUCCUUCACCUGCACGCUCUGCAGCAAGUCCUACUCCCGACACCCCGAAUACGAAGCGCACAUCUCCUCUCGAGGGACCCCAAUGCCGCCGAGAAAGCGGCGCGCCGCCGAGCGCAAAGCCGAUGCCGAGGCUGGGCUCAAGGUCCUCGAUGCGCCGGCCGGAAACACCUCCAGCAGCGGGGUCAAGAGUGGAGGCGGCGGCGGGUUCAAGAAGGGCGGGUUCAAGAGCUCGUUCUCGACGGUGAAGGGGCCUGCGGCGCCGGUGAAGAAGAAUGUGCUUGGGGACGAGGACGAUGAGGCGGAAGAGGGGGCGCAGGUUGUGGGGAAAGAGCCAGCUGGGGCGGUGGGGAGCAAUACUGGGCGCGACGAGGAGGUGCGUGAGGAUGCGGAGAGUGAUACCGAUGAGGAGUAUGCGCGAGAUCGGGAUGGGGGAGGAUAUUAUGAUCCCCGUCGGCCGACGGGUUGCUAUGCUGGGUGUGCUGGUAUUCGAGAGGUCCAGGCUACGUCAUGA